CUAAGUAGGCAGGAGUCCAUGCUAAGGGGAUUAACGUGGAGGAGAAGUAUCCCAGUGUUGAGGAAUCUGGGGAAAGAACAUCGGUUCAGCAGAAUGACGGAUGGCAGGAAUUUUCUGCCUACAGACGUGCGUGGGAUGACCGUGCUGGACAGGAGUGUCUUUCAGAGGAAAGUUCAAGUGCCCAAACUAACGGUAGAAGCACGAAAACUCCCCGGAGUACUAAGCAAAGUGAAGGAAAAGGUGCUGAAGUUUGCAAAGUUGAAAGCAGUUUUCGGGGAGGAGGAAAAGACAAUUUUGCUAAAUCCUGACACAGUGAAGUCUUGGGAGGACGUGGAAGAUCUCCUCAAAGACUCAGAGAUUUCCGAAGAAUCACUGCAGUGGGGAGAAAUUGAAUUGAACUAUGAAAACUUCAAGUUCAAUGAUGUUUUUAAAGCAGUCUUGCCUGAAGGCCAGGAAAACUUCUCAUCCUUUUCACAGAUUGGUCAUAUUAUUCACGUGAAUCUUAAGGAUCAUCUGCUGCCCUUCGGGGCUUUAAUUGGCCAGGUGUUGCUGGAUAAAAUUCCCACGUGCAAAACGGUUGUGAACAAAAUCCACACGAUUGACUCAACGUUCAGGAACUUCCAGAUGGAAAUUCUCGCUGGCCAGGAACAAUAUCAAGUCGAGGUUAGAGAAAAUGGAUUUGUUUUUGAGUUUGACUUCAGCAAGGUAUACUGGAAUCCUCGUCUGUCCAGUGAGCAUGAGAGAAUCGUAAAGAGUUUACCUUCCGGGAGCCACUUAUGCGAUGUCUUCGCUGGCGUGGGGCCUUUCAGCGUGCCUGCAGGCAGGAAAAAAUGUCACGUCCUGGCUAAUGACCUCAAUCCGGACAGUGUUCGAUGGCUACAGCACAAUGCGAAGAGGAAUAAAGUAGAGAAAAGCCUAAAAAUCACCAACAAAGACGGCAGAGAAUUUAUUCUCAGCGACUUGAAGGACCAUCUCGUGAAGUUUUGGAAGCUGGGAGACACCAAACAAUCCCUGACUAUUGUAAUGAACCUCCCAGCUCUUGCUGUUGAAUUUUUGGACGCCUUCUCUGGUCUUCUGGCGGACAAUUCAGAACUGCAGAACAUUGAGAGAUCACUUCCUCUCCUUCACGUUUACACCUUCGUCAAAGGAGGUCCGCCAGAAGAUGCUAGAACCUCUGCUGAAACCCAUCUGGGACACAACAUCUCAGAUUUUGUAUCUACAACUUUCGUGCGAAACGUGUCUCCCAACAAAGACAUGUUUAGAGUGACUUUCCACCUCACAGAUGACAUCCUCUUCUGUCAGAAGAGCCUCAAGCGCGCCUUGGACGCUCCUCAGGAACAAGAACCCUUUCCCAAGAUCCUUUGUACCUCUCAAAACGAUCAAUAAACCAUUUAUUGGUGAUUAACUCACGUCUUU